AACCUAUAAAAAUAGAGGAGGUUAAAUUUAUUAAAAACAAACAAAUGUGGAAAGCUGCGUAAUAAAAAUGUUGAACACUUAUUUAAAAGCCACACCACCUUCUAAAUUCGUUUUAAUAAAUGAUUGUCUACAAGAAAAGGGUUUUCCCCUCAUAAAUUUUCUCAAUGAACAUCAUCAAAAACUCAACAAUGAGGUGAAAUGUUUUGUAUUCGAAGGAAACUUCGUCAAGGCUAGAUCAGCCCUGUCUGCGCUUAAAAUCACAAGCUACGAUUUCACGAAAAAUAGGGAUGAUGUUGAGGAGACAUUCAGAGCGCAGUUGACUCAAAAUACCGUUAUCAUUAUAGACUCUUUGGUUCAUCUGAUAUAUUCCUGUGGUUUAGUUAGGACUUGUAACUUACUCAGUUCUUUAGCACGAGAAAUGAAUGAUAAUCAACAAAUAAUAGCAAUAUUACACUUGGACCUUUUGAGAAAUAGUAAGAGGACUGUUCAAUUUUUGGAGCAUCUAGCAACCUUGAGUUUAACUUUCGAACCAAGCAUCUCGAGGGUGAACUAUACAUAUAAAAAAGUAGGAGGAAGAGUUUUCAAACAGAUAGAAUCGUACAAGUUUCAACAAGGUCAGUUUAUCACCGAGGAGAUAAAGAAACAGAACGUACAGGAAUUGAUACAAGAAAAAAUAAACGAGGUUUGUCCAGAAAAUCUGUCGACGUUCAAAAUUGAACUUUCAGAAGCGGACAAAGAAUCCAGGGAUAAUCUCACAUUGCCUUAUUUACCAAAAGAAGUAGAUUCUACCGAAGGUAUUAUAUAUAAUUUCGACGAAGAAGACGACUGGGACGAGGAGGACCCUGAUGAUGAUUUAGACUUGUAGAAUAAAUUUUAUUUGGACUUUUUUUCAAUUAAACAGAAUCGAUCUGA